GGAAGUCGAGUCGCUCUCACACAACAGUGCCAGACACUUCUAAAGAAAGACGUGUUUAGAUCAUUGUUAUUCCACAUUUCCAACAAAUACGCCUUUGUUAUUUAAGGGGAUAUAAUCGACGUAUCAUAUGCAUGACAUUCGGAGAAAACUACUGUAAACCGACCUGAUGGAAACAGAGGAGCAAGCCAAGAACCGUUUUCAGUCGGAGCUGGAAUUUGUCCAGUGUCUGGCGAAUCCAAACUAUCUGAAUUUCCUUGCUCAGAGGGGAUACUUCCGGGACAAGCCAUUUGUUAACUACCUGAAAUAUCUGCUCUACUGGAAGGAGCCAGAAUAUGCCAAGUUCCUCAAGUACCCCCACUGCCUGCACAUGCUUGAGCUGUUGCAGUACGAGCAUUUCCGCAAGGAGCUGGUGAACGCCCAGUGUGCCAAGUUCAUCGACGAGCAGCAGCUGCUCCACUGGCAGCACUACGCCCGCAAGCGCACCCGGCUCCAGCAAGCCCUCGUGGAGCAGCAGCAGCAACAGCCACCGCAGCAGCCACCGCACAGCAACCAAGUGGCCAAGUGAUGAGGGACUAACACACACACACACACACACACACACACACACACACACACACACACACACACACACACACACACAGUCCUCGUGGAGCAGCAGCAGAAACAGGCCACAGAAAGCAACACUGUGGACAAGUCAUGAGAGACCGAGGAAGAGACUGACACGC